GAAUAGGUUCAUUUUAGUUGAAUUUUUAUAACGUAUUAUAAUAGUCAAUUGUUAGAAGUUAAUUAAGCAAUUGUUGAAUGUAAAAUAUAUUUUAUUUAUGUAUUUGAUUAUUUAAUUAUUAUUUAAUGUUUUUUUAAACAGAAUAUUAUAGGACGAUGUUUGAUAUUAUUAGUCAGAGAUCAAUUUAGUAAUGUUUGUUUCUCAUUUUAUUGCACUCAACGAUGACUAAAUAUCCUAAUCAUUCAACCUAAACCACCAAAAUUAAGCUACAACUAGCUUAUGACGCUCGAGAUAUAACACAGCUAUAAAGAAGCCAAUUCAACAACUACACAAAGAUCAUAAACACAACAACUUCACAAUCACCACCUCUCUAUUUAAACACCAUUGCCCACAUCUCACAUACUCAUCAAACAUAAUUAAAUCUGUUCAAAAUCUUCUUCCAACACACCUGCAGCGCUCCAUGAUGAUGAUUAAGCAAUCACCAUUCUUGCUUUUAACAGCAAUCUUCUUGUUCACAGUUUUUGUUUUCGCAGAAGCACUUGAUCCUGCACCUGAAGACCCCGUUUUCGAACUCUACAUGCACGACAUACUUGGAGGAGGCAGCCCCACAGCGAGGCCCAUCACGGGUUUGCUCGGCAACAUAUACAACGGUCAAGUUCCUUUCGCAAAGCAGAUUGGUUUCACUCCUCCAGAAAACGGUAUAGCCAUACCCAAUGCAAACGGUGCACUCCCAACGGUUAACGGUAUCAACGGUGUACCUCUCGGGACAGGCUUGUCUGGUACAGCUUACUCUGGUCAGAACCUGAACGGGAUCCAGACUCAGCUAGGUCCUGAUGGUCUGAGUCUCGGGUUUGGUACCAUAACCGUGAUCGAUGACAUACUCACAUCUGGUCCUGACUUGGGUUCUCAGCCGCUUGGUAAGGCCCAAGGAGUUUAUGUUGCAAGCUCUGGAGAUGGAAGCACACAGAUGAUGGCUUUCACAGCUAUGCUUGAAGGUGGAGAGUACAAUGACAACCUCAACUUCUACGGAAUUUACAGGAUAGGAAGCGCCAUGUCGCAUCUGUCAGUGACUGGAGGAACAGGUAGGUUCAAGAAUGUUUGUGGGUUUGCAGAGGUCAGGCCAUUGAUUCCAUCUGGUCAACAUUUUGUGGACGGAGCAGAGUCUUUGCUGAGGAUCAUUGUCCAUCUUAAGUACUAAACAAAACAUUAAAGGAGCCUUACAUAAAGACUUUAAGAAAAUUGUGCAUGUCUGUAUGUGUCUGAAUGUUCUUGUUUUGUUGUUGUACGUAAAUCACAGAAAUCUCUGAAAUUUAUAAUAUAAGAAUUCCUGUUUGGCUUUAA